GUGAGUAGGCAGGCGGAGUGGGGCUGAGUCACUGCAUGUGUCUGAGAGGCAGUCAGAAACAGAGCCGAGCAAAGGGAGCAGAGGUGAUCUCACACUCAUCAGCACAGGAUAACACAACCAUGAUGGGUUGACUUUGGGGGGGGGAGGCGGCUGGAGAGAGGAAGUGUGCGUUCGCCACCACUUGCUCAGCUAUGGAGACCAACAAAGUUCUUCAUUUCGUGCCUUCUGAGGCGCCCCCGUCUGGGAUGUCCAAGAAUGGAUACUUCUUUCAAGAAAUGGAGCAGCGGGAGGCGGAGCAGGAGGAGGGCAGCGAGGGCCGAGAGGAGGGACAGGACUCGCCGAUCGCCUGCGGAGAUGACAUCCACCUCUAUGACAACCAGAUCAGCCCCGGGCCAGACGCAGAUGACUCUGGCUGCGUGUUGCUGAACACAUCACGAAGGUAUGUGAAGCUGAUGAACUUCGAGGAGGAGGUGCGGGCUCACCGGGACCUGGACGGCUUCCUGGCGAGGGCCAGCAUCCUGCUGGACGAGACGGCCGCCUCCCUGGACGACGUCCUCAAGCGGAUGCUGCACCACGUGGGCCAGGACAGCCACGUCACCGAGCCCGGCUGUAACUUCGAGGAGGUGAUGAGCAUGCUUUUCACAGACGCCGGAGCCCAGGAGGUCAACGACAACUCUCAAAGUUUCGUUUUCUUUGAUGACGUUCAUCUGCUGUCAGAGACGAUCCAGGGAGUCACGGCCACGGCCACCGGGGUCCAGUACCAGCAGUCCUGGCUCUGCAUCCUCUGCAACGUGAAGCAUCUCCAGAGGCGUCACGUGUGCAUCUCCCGCCUGGAGAGGCCGCAGAACUGGGGGGAGAACUGCUGCGAGGUCCGCUAUGUCAUCCUGAUACUGGCCCCGCUCAAAAUGAAAAGUACCAAGACGGCGAUGGAGCUGGGCCGGACGUUCGCCACCCUCUUCUCCGACAUCUCCUUCAGGCAGAAGCUGCUGGAGACCAAGACGCAGGAGGAGUUCAAGGAGGCUCUGGUUUUCCAGAGGCACCAGCUGACCGCCACCAACCAGCAGCCCACCGCUCUGGGGAAGGAGGAGACCGACCCUCGCAGUCACAAGCCCCUCAAGUGCAAAGACUUCUUCAAAGCCGGCCGAGGGAUCUAUGAGGACUUCUGCCGCAGACUGCCUUUCUACCCCUCUGACUUCACAGAUGGUAUCGUUGGCAGUAAUAAAACCCUGCUGAAGUACAUGACCACGGCCAUCUUCCUCUACAUCGCCAUCCUCCUCCCCGCCAUCGCUUUCGGCUCCCUCAACGACGAGAGCACGCGUGGAGAGAUCGAUGUUCGGAAGACCAUCAUCGGCCAGAGCAUCGGCGGGGUCAUCUACUCGCUGUUCGCCGGCUCUCCUCUAGUCAUCCCUCUAACCACGGCUCCCCUCGCCAUCUUCAUCAGCGUGAUCCGAGGAAUCUGUGACGACUACAACCUGGAUUUCCCGGCUUUCUACGCCUGCAUCGGUUUGUGGAACUGCCUCUUCCUCAUCCUGGGAGGGAUCUUCAACGUCAGCCUCCUCAUGAAACUCUUCAAAAGGUCGACGGAGGAGGUCAUUGCCCUGUUCAUAUCCAUUGCGUUCGUGGUUGACGCUGUGAAAGGCACAGUCAAAAUCUUUCACAGGUACUACCACUCUCCGACGCUGGCUAACAGGAGCAUUGAGGACUUUCCUCAGGCCGGGGAGCUGCUGGGGGGAAACAGGAGCGAGGUGGCGACGAGAUUAGCGCUCAACGCCCUCCCCGAAUCCCUCAUCCAGUGCACGAGAGAGAGACCGGUCCUCUGCCUCCUGCUGAUGCUCGGGACAUUAUGGAUGGGCUAUACUCUCUACCAGUUCAAAAGGAGUCCGUUCCUGCAUGCCAAAGUGAGGGAGGUGCUGUCGGACUGCGCCCUGCCGAUCUCGGUGCUCCUGUUCUCCUUCAUCGGCUCCUACAUCUUCAGUGACAUUGAGCUUCCAGUGUUUAAAGUCCACGACCGGCCCAUCUUCGUGGUGGCUCCGUUCGAGCGCCUGUCGGCCAUGAACGUGGUGAGCGCCAUGGGCCUCGGCUUCCUCCUGGCCCUCCUCAUCUUCAUCGACCAGAACAUCGUCGUCUCCCUGACCAACGCGCCGGAGAACAGGUUGCUGAAGGGAACGGCGUAUCACUGGGACCUGAUGCUCUCCGGCCUCAUCAACAUCCUGAUGUCGGUGCUGGGGUUGCCCUGGAUGCACGCCGCCUUCCCCCACUCCACCCUCCACGUGCGCCAGCUGGCUUUUGUGGAGCAGCGUGUGGAGGGGGGACACCUCUACGAAACCAUCGUCCAGGUGAAGGAGACCCGUCUGACGUCUCUGGCCGCCAACAUCUUCAUCGGCAUAUCUCUGCUGCUGCUGCCCGUCCCGCUGCAGUGGAUCCCCAAGCCCGUCCUGUACGGCCUCUUCCUCUACAUCGCCCUCACCUCCAUCGACGGCAACCAGAUGUGCGACCGCAUGGCUCUCCUCCUCAAGGAGCAGACGUCUUACCCGCCCACCCACUACAUCCGCAAAGUGCCCCAGAGGAAGAUCCACUACUUCACCUUCCUGCAGAUGAUGCAGCUGCUGGUGCUGUGCACGUUCGGCAUGUACCCGAUACCGUACAUGAAGAUGAUCUUCCCUCUGCUCAUGAUCCUCCUAAUCCCAAUCAGGAACAACGUGCUUCCUCACAUCAUCGAGGCCAAAUACUUGGACAUAAUGGACGCCCAACACAUGUAGCCACAGAUGGACACGAGCUCCAGAUCCGCGAAAAAAAGACGUCUGGAAUUUAAAAAAAACAAGAGAAAAAAAGAAAAGGAAUGAGGAUUUAAAAAAACAACAACAUAUUUUUCAAUGCAAAACUGUAUGGAAGCAAAAAGAGAAAUAGCGACUGUUUUGAUUUUUGUAUCUGAUAAGAACAUUCUUACAGGUGAAGCACUGGAAAACGCGGGAACCCGGGUGAAGGAAGCGAGAGUCGUGGGAAACGUCGGGCGUUAAACCGACGGCGUCUCUCUGAGGGAAACCGAUAAGAAAAAAAAUAACUAAAAUAAAAACAGGACCGUCCAGAACUCCCUGUUUCACCUCUGUUUGAGCCCCCCCCCCUUCCUCCUGUGUCUGAAUGUUCAGUGCCAUAUACCUCCAUGUCCUCCUCUCACGCCUUUUUCCUUUUCUGUGGUGACACUUUACAAUAUCCUUACUGCGGUGUAUACGUCUGUGUUUGAACCUGUGGGGAAGUGCUUCAAGUACUCACUGAUACCGUGUAAGUAAUACAAACGCUGCCAGUGUACAUUGCUUAGUACUUAGAGAGGUGUAAUGGCACAAUGUAAGUUUGAUCCCUCCUCCACCUCUUUGCACUCACAUUGUGUUUUUACACUGUCGCACGGGUGAGUUUUACAUACGUACACUGUGUUGAUAAGUACUUAAAUACUUUUCCAUGGGUGAAAUUGAUUAAAAAAAAAAAACGCUGCAUUUGGGCCUCGGUAAAGUAAAAAAAAAAAAAAAAACUCCAUCUUUGUGCAGUGUUAUAAAACUUUCACAUUCCUUCGACUUUUAGCUGAAAUUCCCUGUUUUUUUUGUUGUUGUUUGUUUUGUUUUUUAUACGAAGGACACUUGUGCCCACGCGUAUCUAGUUUUAUUCAAACUAAAAGUCAUUAAUGAGACUAUAAAACAGUGUGUCUGAGCCUGUGUGUGUGUGUGUGUGUGUGUGUCUGUGUGUGUGUGUGUGUGGUGGACAGUCUGUCCUUCAUCCAAGCUUUCUUCAGAAAAACCUUUUAAGAGUUUAAGUCCUUAAGUAAAUUUAAAGAAAAACGACGACACAUUCCAUGGGUAUAUAUUAUAUGUAAUUAUUUAGAACGACAGCACAAACCAAAACAUAUAGUUAAAGUCUUUAUCAAAUUAUGAAUAUAUUAGAGUAUAUUAUGGCAAUUUACAAAAAAAUAAAACAUUUAAAUAGAAUAUUUAUUUAUCAUAAUCUUUCAGAUGCUAAUUUUGUGUGUUUACCCUAAACUUGAAAGAAAUAUGUACUUUUUUUUUUGUUUUUUGUUUUUUUCCUCCUUUACAUUCCACAGUUGUUGUAUUUUGAGUGUUUGUCUUUACUUCUACGCAGUGUUUACACGUCCAGCUCCAUGUCAGAGUCCAACACAGUUCUGGUGCAUUGCUGGUAAAGAAAGUCAGGUUAGAGGUAAAAAAAAAAAAAAAAAAAAAAGAAUUAAAAAUAAAACAAAUAAACGUUCGAGAGCUUUGGAUUCAAUAAAAAUGCAUCCUUUAUUUUUUUCUUUUUGUGAACAAGUGUUCAGAGUUUUAGAAUAACCCGGUCUUGUUUUCUAUUUAGAUGUUAUGAUUAGAUCAGUGCUUGCAAAUGUUGUCAUGUAAUAACGCUCCAGGCGUCUGGAGAGAUUUAUCUUGUUAUCUACAGUUCGAAAAAGACAAAAAAAGAAAAAUUUCUAAGCACUGGUUGGCUUCAAGCAUGUCUCAUCUGGGUUUUUUGAUACAAUGUGAUGCCAAUGGACAUGUAUCCUACACAGGAAAAAAAAAAAAAAAAACACAAAAAAAAAAAAAACAAGUAGCAAGUCAAACAGUCUAACUUCUCGUUUUAAAAAACGAAUGCAAUGCUCAAUAUUCAGCAAUACUGUGUAUAAAACUUCACCGGUGAGAUUCGGGGUUCCCAGCGGAGGCUGGACCCGUCACUGAAGCAAUGACAGGCCAGCUGUGUUUUUUUGAGACAGCAACUUUUCAGUCCGUCCUCGUCGUACAAAGAAAACGCUCCGUGAUUACCCACGAUUCAGUUAUUUCACACAUCGAGAAGAGAGAGAGAGACGGAGAACGUUUGCCUGUCAAAGAGGCGUUCACUGUGCUGGGUUUUUAUUACGGUUUAGUUGCUUUCCCAAUAUCAAAAUGGCAGCUCCCUCAUGCAGUUCAGUUCAACUUUGUCUUUACAGAUGUGAGAAAAGAUGUCCUGGUUUAAGCAGAUGUCUCACGCUGAGAUAGAAGGGCAUGGAAGUAAAGCUCGGAGGCGAUUUGCAUAAUCCGUGGACUAAGCCUUAAGACAGCACUGGUGAAGGAAGGAAGAGAUUGUGAGGUUUGAAGUAAUAUGUACAGUUUGCAAUGCAAAGUUUAGUUUUUAUCAACUAUCCAUUAUAAUCCACGGCAAAGGUAUUAGUUUCUAACUUUAAGGCCGACUCUUCUUCUUCUUCUUCUUCUUCUUCUGUGACAGUACUGUCGUUGUUCCUCGAUAUCCUCACUGUACCGGUGACUCUGGAAUAGCAGCAAACUUCUCUCAGAGGACUUGAUAUUGGAUUCAGCGUGAACGACAUACUAUAUUCCGUUUGUGAAACCUCAGCUCCCCCCUCUUCCUAAUUGGAUUUGUUUGAAAUUGCGUACUGUGGUGUUUUUUUUUUGUUUUGUUUUGUUUUUCCUUUCUUUUUCGUUCCUUCCCUGAUUUCAUAUAGCCUACUUUUUCUAAUCAAGAAUGUAUGAUGUGUGGAUUUUUAUAUAGCAUACUAAUUUAGGUGUCAAACAGAAACUGUAAUUUUGUCAAAAAGAUCAGCUAUAUUUGUAAGCUGUAAAUGUAAAAACGAGAAAAAAAUGGUUAUCAAACAGAAUGUGUUGGUUUACUAUAGUAUAUAUAUAUAUAUACAUACUGUACACUGAAAAAGAGAGACUAUCUCAAGCUGUUUGCCAAAUAAAAAGUAGUAGUGAUGUA